CUGCCUGAUUUGUGGGCAAUGUUGGGGAUGUAGAAAAAAAAGGAAACCGGAGCAAAGAGAGAGCAAGAGAGAGAGACAACACUAACUGGGUAGCUAUGGAGAUAGUAGGUUUUCCUGGUAGCUUUCUUUGACAGGUGUCGAGUGGGAUAAAACAAAGUAUCAAAACAGCCUCCAACAUGUACGCCAAGGGUAAAGGAGCUGUGGUCCCCUCCGAUAGCCAAGCAAGAGAAAAGUUAGCGUUAUAUGUUUACGAGUACCUGCUACAUGUGGGAGCACAGAAGUCCGCACAGACCUUCCUAUCCGAGAUUCGAUGGGAGAAGAAUAUUACAUUAGGGGAGCCUCCUGGAUUCCUUCAUUCGUGGUGGUGUGUAUUCUGGGAUUUGUAUUGUGCAGCUCCAGACCGAAGGGAGACAUGUGAGCACUCCAGUGAGGCCAAGGCCUUCCAUGACUAUAGUGCAGCGGCAGCACCCAGCCCAGUGAUGGGCAACAUGCCCCCUAACGACGCCAUGCCAGGUGGUCCCAUGCCCCCAGGCUUUUUCCAGGGACCACCCGGCUCUCAGCAGUCCCCCCACGCACAGCCCCCCCCUCACAACCCCAGCAACCCCAUGAUGGGACCCCAUGGCCAGCCUUUCAUGUCACCACGGUAUCCAGGCGGACCUCGCCCCUCACUCCGAAUGCCAAAUCAGCCUCCUGGUGGUAUACCUGGAUCUCAGCCUCUCCUGCCAAACAGUCUGGAUCCAACAAGACCGCAAGGGCAUCCUAACAUGGGUGGGCCAAUGAGAAUGAACCCACCCCGAGGAAUGGCCAUGGGACCACAGAACUAUGGGGGCAUGAGGCCUCCUCCCAACUCCAUGGGUGGUCCCAUGCCAGGAAUGAACAUGGGUCCUGGAGGAAGAGGGCCGUGGCCAGGACCAAACGCUAACUCUAUAGCCUACUCUUCCUCAUCUCCAGGAAACUAUGUGGGUCCGCCAGGCGGAGGAGGUCCACCUGGAACUCCGAUCAUGCCCAGCCCAGGUGACUCAACUAACUCCAGUGAAAACAUCUAUACAAUGAUGAACCCCAUCGGACCAGGAGGCAACAGACCAAAUUUCCCGAUGGGACCUGGGCCUGAUGGGCCAAUGGGGGCUAUGGGGGCCAUGGAGCCACACCACAUGAACGGAUCACUAGGCUCUGGGGAUAUGGAUGGGUUGCCAAAGAACUCCCCUAAUAACAUGGGGGGCAUGAACAACCCUCCUGGCACGCCAAGAGACGAUGGCGAAAUGGGCGGGAACUUCUUGAACCCAUUCCAAAGCGAAAGUUAUUCACCCAACAUGACGAUGAGUGUGUGAUUUUAUUUUUUCCUUUUUUUUGUAUUUUAUUUUUUUUGUUAUUUUCCCCCCCUAUUUUUGUACCCCCCUACACCUGAUUUUUUCCCCCCUCCCAUCAAUCCCUACUUCACUUCGGAUUGGACACUCUCCCCAACCACCUGCCCCCACUCCUCACACACACAACCUCUACUCCCACAUGGAAAUCCCCCCCUUUUCCCCUUCUCACUUGGAACUCUACGGCCGCACAGCCUUCUGGGACGGGUCUUGAGCAUGCUGGGACACUAAUUAAGACAGGCCCUCCUGGAGCAUGCAAGAUGGCCACCAGUAUGAAUAGGAAGCAGUCACAGAGCCACAGGAAGAACCUCCUCUCUGACUCCGGCCCCAGCCUCCCUGGCUUCCUGUCAGGGUCUGGACAAUGAGCAAGGGAAGGAGAAAAAUACAGAGAGAGAGAGAGGAGAGUGGAUAACUCAGCUCUCCCCUGAGGACACAGUGUUGGGUCUCUUAGCAGCUGCCUGGAAGCUUCUCAACCACCAUGUUGGACUUUAAGCGUUUUUAUUUUUUGUCUCUCUUUUUUUUUUUUUUUUUGCUAUUCCCAAUGGAUUCAGUGGCGGGACAGAUAAGAUGACCACCCCGCAUUGUUCUCUCUGUGUGUACAUUUUUAACAGAGGUGUUGUGAUGAUCAAUGAAAAUUUUCCUUUUUUGUGUAUGUAUUGUAUCAUUGCUAUUUUUAUUAUUGUAUUAUUGUUAUUAAUGAUAUUGGUAUGAUCAUGAUUUAAGAUUAGGUUCUAAUUUCUUUUUGUUUCUCUAAGGGCACAUUACUAUGAAGAAGACAGAAUAAGCGCACACAUAGAUGAGCAAACCGAGUGUUUAGCAUGGUUUCUGUUAAUUCUCCUAAGUUGCCAUUCUCUUGGAAUUUUUUUUUUUUUUUUUUGCUGUGCUACACAUGGCUCUCCAUGACUACAGUGCCCCCUACAGGCCCAGUCAAGGAGGUAAGAUUUUAUCCAUCACGGUACUGUCGAUUGGCCCUUUUUGUCUUCCUCAGAGGUUUUGUAACUUUCUCCACAGCUCCAAAAUUUUAGCUACUUGUUGAACUGCCCAGAUGGGAAAAAGAAACAGCUCCUGUUUUAUUAGCUUCCAUGCAGUGAAAUGCACAGCUCUAUUUAUUUAUGUACUUUUGUUUUGUCUCAUGAAACAUUGUUACUUUUUUUUUUUUUUUUUAAACUCUUAAACCUGUUUUUAACUCCAGAACCUGUAGCAACUGUGUAAUUAUGCAGAUCCAGUCGCCGGUGUCUCUUCAUCUCUGUCUCAGUACUGAAAUUAUUAGACCCCCUCUGUCCUAGCCUCAAGGUGCUGAAGUCAUUGGAAACGUAGGCUGUUUUGACCCCACUAGUGCUGCUUCCACUAAUGCUGCCCACUCAGGUGCUUGUUCACUCCAAUAUAUAGGCUGCGUCAUAGUCUCUCUGCUGACCUGUAGUGAACACUUGGAUUAUUUUUGUUUGCUUAACUUGCUGACGUGUCCUUAACACACUGUGAUGUAACUGUCUGUGCUCUAUGGGAAUUACUUUACACACCAAUCACCGGUUUAACUCGCCUAGAGGAGGGCAUUUUGGCUUUUCUUCCUCCCAUACGUUGCCCAUGAUGCAGUGCUCCCUCUUCAGGCUCGCUUCGGGUACAAGGACUUACGCCCCCGAUUCUCUGUGGAGGGGGACACUGACUGGACCCUCGCAUGCUUAUGGCAGAGAGUAACAAAUCAGGGAGUGGCAAGGCGUUGCUCUGGUGACUGUAAUGAGUGGCCUCCCUCCCUUUGCUCAUCUUGAAGAGAAGACCUUGUCCGUCCUUUUCCCUUGCCCCACCUUUCUGUUCGGCCAACACAGACACACAAAUACACACCCUCACACGCCAUCCCUUUCUCUGAUUUAGUAUACCUUCUCCAUGUUUUCAGUUUUAAUUUUUUUGUGUAAAUACUGUAAAAUGCAUUUUGAUAUCAUUGACAUGUUUUGAUAUUUCAAAUCACAACUAACAAUCGAUCAGAAUUGUGCUGAUUUGGGCAACUGUGUAUUUGUUCAGAGAUGGUCGUAUCUUUACUCAGAAAUAAUAUGAAUGACGAGAAACAGAAACUGGAGCUGCUAUAGACUUUAUGCUAUUUCACCUCAUCACAGACAACCUGGGGCUUUACUGUGCAUCAGAGCUGUAGUGUCUAGGGGUCCAGCAGGACCAGGGAGGGGAAUAUCUGAUAGUUGAGUGUGUGUGAACGCUUUUUGGUAACUCAGUGUCACUCACAUUCCUUGGAGAAAGAAAAAAAAAAAAACUUUAAAUGGGUUUCUUGUCCAAAAGCCUCCCUCCUCUACCUCUGUUCUUGGAAACCGCUUGGAUGAGGUGGCCAACAAGCUAGACCUCCAGUAAAUGGGUGUAUUUUUUUCAUCACAUUGACCGAGACUUUUCAAGGACAGGGGGAAGGGAGCAAGCUUUCAUAAUGGAACGUGUCCCUUCUGUGGCUUCCACUGACGCACUGCAUUUCAGCUUCUAUUCACUUGACUUUCAUACCAACUGAUCACUGAAAACAGAAGCAGGGCACACAGGACACUGGCUCUCAAUGCAACACCAGGGACCAGAGUACAGACUUUACUAUGAAGGAUUUUUUUUUUAAUCUAUUUAAAAUUGGGGUGGGAGAAACGUUUGGGAAAGGAGACAGAGAAAAAAGCCAGACAGAUUUGUUCUUAUCGAAGAGGAGGUAGAGAGAACGAGGAAACAGGAGUUUCCUCCCCUGUAAUUUGAAAUACUGUUGUAUAAAAUACAGUCUAACUUCUCUCUAUCUUUCUGUCCUGUAAGUAAAGCCGUCACAACGUUGAUCAUUUCUGUAUUUCUAUUGUGCUGAUGUAUAAUACUGUAACAUUCAAGGGUUGGGAGGGAUAAGAGAGGAAUGGGGGGGGGAGUGGACGGGGGAAAGGAAAGAUUCUUCUGUUCUGUUCCUCGUUUUCCUAUUGAUGACAAAGCAGUAUUGAAUAUGAGGCAGUCUGUCCUUGGGGAGUUGCUUUGUAUCUCAUGUUAGGGUAGUUUCAGAUCCUAAAUGUCUUGUGUAGUAAAAUAAGAGGUUCCUUCUUUGUAUGUUUCUUUAUAUUGUAAAGUUUCUUUAGACAAAAAAAUGUUGCUUAUUGGAAAAAAGGUGGGAAAACUGCAUCGAUGAUAAAUGUAAUUUUUUUUUUGUGUUUUAUUUUUCAUCAAGUUGUCAGUCGUUUUUGCCUGUGUCCCCCUUGUUGUAGAUACAUAUUAAAAACAAAUAAAAUGACUUCACUCCUUUUGCCAUGAA